AUGUCGUCCGCAGAACCAGCACCAGACGAGACCACGGUGGAAGUGAAAGCAGAGGAAAAUGCGGGUGGUGAAGGCAAUGCGACAGUCACAGUAGCGACGGAACCAGAACCAGAACCAGGUCCAAGAAACCUCUCGAAGCAACAACUAGAGGUGCUGGAUGCUAUCCUGAAGCGCUUAACUGAAUACCGCGACGAAGAUGGCCACGAUAUCGCUCUCGCAUUUCAACGCAUGCUCAAUAAGAGAAACUUCCCCGCAUAUUUCGAGAUUAUCAAGGAGCCGAUCGCAUUCAGUACAAUUAGGCAAAAAAUAUUGAAGAAACAAUACCGAAAGUAUACAGAUUUCAUUCGAGACUUCGCCAUGAUAUGCCACAAUGCUAUGGUCUAUAACCGCCCUUCAUCCGAAGUAUACCAAGAUGCCGUUGCUCUCGAGGCUCUUUUCAAGGGUGAGCUGAAGAAGCUGGUUGAACAAAAGGUCCUGACCGAAGAGGAGGUCCAACUACCAGAUCUAGGGGAGAUACCCCCAGCUGACCCUUCACCACCACCUGAGCCCGAGGAUGAGGAAGCAGAAGCGGAAGCAGAGGACGAUGAAGAGGAAGAGGAUGAGGACGAAGAGGACGAAGACACGGAUGACGAUCGCCCCCGCCGAGGGCGGAAGAGAGGUCGGCGGUCUUCCGCUACUACCAAACGUGAUGGGAAAGCCGAUGAUGGCGGCAAAGAUGAUCCCGAAGCACAAAAGAAGCGAGGAAGACCCCCUAAGGUCCACACCCCUAUGGAGGCUCGAAUCAAUACAUUGUUGAAGGGCUUGAGGAAGUUCAAAAAUCCAGGCGGUGACCUCAAGAUUCUGCAUUUUGAGAAGAUGCCCGACAAGUCCGUGAUGCCAGAGUACUACCAAGAAAUCAAAAAUCCAAUUGCAAUGGAUUUGAUAAAGAGGAAGGCUAAGAGGAAGAAGUAUCAGUCCAUAGACCAGGUACUCAAGGAUCUGGACCUCAUGUUUGAUAACGCCAAGUCUUACAACCUUGAAGACAGUCAGGUAUACCGAGACGCUGCCGAUUUACAGAAAGAAGCCCAGAUAAUCGCCGACCAGGAAAAGAAGAAGCCGGAUAGUGAUUUCGCCGAUGAGGAUGGCAGACUACCUUUGCCAGAAAUCCUGUACAACGGUGAGGUUUGGAAGGUAGGCGAUUGGGUCCACCUCUCCAAUCCUAAUGAUGUUACCAAGCCCAUCGUCGCCCAGAUAUACAGGACAUGGCAGGAUCCUACUGGUCAAAAAUGGAUUAAUGCUGUUUGGUAUUACAGGCCGGAGCAGACUGUCCAUCGCCAUGAGAAGUUCUUCUUUGAAAAUGAAGUCGUCAAGACUGGCCAAUACCGGGACCACAAGAUUGAGGAGGUAGUUGAUCGUUGUUUUGUAAUGUUCUUUACUCGAUACAACAAAGGUCGUCCGCGUGGGUUCCCUGCCGACAAGGAAGUCUACGUAUGCGAAGCUCGAUACAACGAGGAAAAGCACAAACUAAAUAAGAUUAAGACUUGGGCUAGCUGCUUACCAGACGAAGUGAGAGAUAAAGAUUAUGAGAUGGACCUGUUUGAUGUUCCGAGAAAGAUGAAGAAGGUUCCAAGUCCGAUCAAGCACUUAUUGCGCGAGGAUGCCAAAGAGGAUGAUCCGGUCCCAAAGCCGACUUGGGGAGUUCCAAAUGCACCCCCAAUUGUGGGAGCUGUUCAUAGGCGGCCUCGAGAAACCAAUGACUCUCCGCCGCCAGAACCGACUCCAUCUCCUGAACCAACUCCGGAACCUGUUCAUCGCUCCCUCACCAGUGAUCGACCUCAAUACGAUUCCCAAGGAGACGUAGCAAUGUCUGGCACACACACAAGCGUACCCCUAGCUUCUCCGAUGGCAAAUCAAACUCCGGCUCAAACUGCGUAUGGUCAUCAAUUUGCAGCCGCACGCCCAUCCCCAUCGCCCGCGCCCUUAGUACAGCAAACAUCGUAUGGCUCUCAAGGUUCUGCUUCUCAUCCAGCUUUAGCUCAGACCCCUGGUUAUCCACCUCAGCAUAAUUAUAAUCAAUACAACACUGCCACGGCACCUGGCCUCCAACAUUCAAACUCUCUCAACGCCUACAAUCUCUAUCAGAGUAGCGGUGCCGCCGCUCCUGUUCGCACGGUAACGCCGGGCCAACCCGCUCAUACCAGCAGCACGAACCAAUAUAACCCUCCUCGUACUGUUGAGGUCUACACUCUCCCCGACCAAGCCAACGCGGCUAUUCCUGCUGAGGUUCGAAGUCAAUUUCAAACCGAUGAAUAUGGCAAGGUCAUCUUCUUCACAGCCCCACCUCUCGAUGCCAAUCCCGUUCCAGAGGAGGUUCGGACUCUCAGUCACAGCUUGCGCUAUCUCGCAGAUAAGGCACGUAGCAAAGAGGCAGACGAGAAGAAGCGAAAGGCCCGUGAUGCUGAAUUGGAAGCUGAAGCAAAUUCAAAGGUCAAGAGGAUAAAGGAGGACGUUGGGAACAAGCACAGUUGGCUUUUCAAUCAAAAGCUGAAAGCUUUGGAAGUAUGGAACGAGAACACGGAGAAGGGUACCAUAGAGCUGUACAAGAAGAUGUAUGGAGAUGAUUGGGAAGAGAUCCGGGAACGUGACACGGCUAAGCUUGUGGUGGCACAAGAAGCAUCGUAUAAGCAGAAGAAGGAGCUUGAGGAGUGGCGCAAGGGAGUGGAGAAGCGGAACGAAGUUGCAAUUACUGGCUUUAGGUUUUGA